GCACAUGUAGAGUUUAUGUGGUCCUGGAGGUGACCAGUGGACAUCACUCUCCUCUGGAACACUCGCCACUCCACUAGUUACAAUUCACUCUUCUAGCAGGAUGCGAUGGUUGGUUGUAUGUACACUGCUGCUGACCACCACGGCAGCCAGGGCUAACUUUUUGGACGAGUUGUGGGAGCAUCUGAUGGAUAUCUUCAGGACUUUUGAGUCAGUACCUUACAAGGUUACCAGGACAGCUCCUGGGUACGAGGAGAGGCUAUAUGAGGAACAGAAAUGGGUAUGCACGCAGGAGACAAAGAAAAGUGAUCCAUUGAACAGCCUAUUCUGGCGACUCUUCCAAUACAUCUCCGGACACAACCACAACAGUGAGUACAUCGCCAUGACAGUACCAGUGACCACGGAGUUUACAAUACAAAGCGCCAGUGACAAGACUUACACUAUGUGCUACUACCUGGGGUUACAGCACCAGGACGACCCUCCAGCACCUCUAAACUCUCAGGUGUUCAUCCAGGAACGACCACAGAUGACUGUGCUUACAAGGACGGUGGGAGGAUAUCUGACAAGUGAAUCUGACUGGAUGGAAGAGGCUGGUAAACUGGCAGCUGUCAUACAGGAGAACGGAGAGACUGUCUCUCUUAACCAUAUGUACUGGGCUGGCUACGACUCGCCCUGGAAGUUCUGGUCUCGCCGUAAUGAAGUCUGGUUCCCAGUAUCUUAAAACCAGUAGCCACGCCAAAAAGGGGGCUGACUUGCAGGGGGACUUCAGCCCCCCUCCCCCCCCCCAAAAAAAAUCUCUCAGUCGACCAGAACCCUCAAAAAAAAAAAAAAGUAACAGUAAUAACGCUGUUUCCAAACAAGUUUCGUAGCCUCGACUUCAAACCAGACAGCAAUCUGUCAUUCCUAGUGUAGAAAUUGAGUACUUUCUUCUGAAUACUUUCUUUUGAGUGUUUCUGCAUUGUACAUUAUAGCAGAAUUUUGUGUUUUUUUGUGCUUGUAUCAUUAAAGGACCGUUAUAAAGAUUCUGGAACCAUUUUAAUAAAUGUGAAGUAAAACUGAUCUUAUUGAUAUAUAUAUAUAUAUAUUAUAAUAUAUAUAUAUAUAUAAACACUGAUCUCUGGCUGAAAGAGACUCGAACCUACGAAUCUUAGAACAAGGUACGCAGUGCUAUACCAAUCUACCCACACAGGACAACGUGUAGCUUACGCUACACGUUGAUCCAAGGCCUUAACUUGAGCCUGACUAUCCUCAUAAAAAGUCUUAAGUUUCAGUAAGGUAUCACGUAUUCCAUACACUUGCAACAUUGCUCCGUUAUAUACCAUAUCAUAUACCUUUUCCAAAUCCAUAAAUGCAACAAAAACUUCCUAUCUCUC